ACCCUUCCUCUCCUCCAUCCACCACCCUACUUUCCUGUCCUGGAUUACAGCCGCCUUCGCUCGUUCCCUCUGCCAGUGUGAAGAUGUGUUCUCUGGGCUUUGCCAGGUCUCUGGGUUUUGCCCUGAUCCCUCUUGCCACCUGCUGCAUCGUGGCAAACAUCCUACUCUUCUUUCCUGAUGGAAAGAUGAACUACAUUCAGGAUGGAAAUGUGACCAAAUACGUCUGGUACUUUAUGGGUAUCGGAGGAGGUGGUUUGGCGAUGCUGGUACCGACCUGCGUAUUUCUGGGAAUGGAGAAGUGUGUGGAUUCCUGUGGAACAGACAGCUGCGCGAUGUGCGGUUCAGUGUUUGCAGCUCUGGUGGGAUUAGCCGGAUCUGCCUACUGCUUCCUGAUCUCUGCUUUGGCACUCUUGGAGGGGCCAUAUUGCUUCACUUUUUUGGGAUGGUUGUCUCCAUUUAAGAAUGACGGCGGAAGGUAUCUGUUUGCUCGAGAGAAGUGGUCUGAAUGCAUUCAGCCGGCACACAUUGUGGAGUGGAAUGUGACGCUGCUGUCCAUCCUGUUGGGUCUCAGCACCCUGGAGUUCCUCAUCUGUUUCCUGCAGCUUGUUAGCGGACUGGUCAACGCAGUGUGCCGGCCAUGCUGCUACAAACAGGAGUACAGUCUAAACGCUUGAGGAAAGAGUGUUUCCCAGCUCAAGUCAGAAACAGGACUGCUCAUUUGCAGCAGAGCCGUUGGUUCAUCAGAGAACUGACAGAUCUGUCAAUCACACACUUCAUGACACAUGAACCGCUGUGUGUCCCUUUGGAUAAAAAUGUAAACACUAGAUCACUACGUUUGAUCUGAAUGCAUUGGGAUGUUUCCUCAUCACUCCAGUCGAGUUUGUAUUAGCAGUGCGUGUUUUCCGUACAAAACAAACAUUUGUAUUGUACACUACCUGCAAUAUGCAUUUUGCUAAAAUAUAAAUGUAUUUUUGUAUGAGUUCUGUUUGUUUUGUACAGGAAGUUGUUUUGUAAAUUAUUUAAAUAUUGAGAGUAAUAGAUUAUGAAUGUUGUUUUAUAUACCUAUAAAGCUGUUAUAUGUUUUAAAUAUUCCCAUCAAUUAAUAAAUAGGUCUUGUUUUAGA